AUGGCAGAAGAUGACAUUUCAGAAGUCAGAAAGCGCGUGAGAGACCGUUGGUCACAAUUCGGAAAUGAGGAACCAAAAAGAGUCAAAAGCAGUAGGCAACUCAACCAAGAAGAGAUCAUAGACCUAACAUCAGAGGCCGAAGAGACCGACAUUGAAAAUGCAACAGAACAACUUAGCGCCGGCGCAACCGAUAACGAAACUAAGGAGUCAGAAGGUUCACCGUAUCCGAAAGCUCGUGGGUCAUUCAAACGAGAAGAAGCGCUUGACACGCCGUCUUUCAAAAUUGUCAAAUCAAACCUAUAUGAAACGACCGGAGCAAGCCAGGAAAAGUUCACAGAUUUCACCGAAAUUUUUUCGAGCGCAGAUUUAUGUCGGUGCUGGCUGUUUAGUUUUCAAUACGAGUUGGAUUACAUUUUGACUAUGUUUGAUCCCCGGGUUAAGCUAACCAUUGUUGCUCAAAAGGGUACCAUUCUCCCUUUAAGCGUUAUGACGCCAAAACUUAAGUCGCUAAUUAGCAACAUGAAAACAUUACUCAUUGACAUGCCACCUUUUACGUGUCAUCACUCCAAGCUUAUAAUAAACGAAUACAAGGAUGGGGGCGUGCGAAUAUACAUCCCAUCCAAUAACUUCACAUCGGCCGAAACAAAUUUACCACAGCAAGUGGUUUGGAGCAGUCCUCUGCUGCCCCGUGAGAGCCAGGCACGGAAAAGUAUGUCUCAUUUCAGAGACAGUUUAUUGCAAUACUUGUCAACGUACGAUUGUGAUUUGAGUGAUCUGAAUGAGACCAUUACGAAAACAAAUUUUACCAAAAUUGAGGAAUAUGGUUUGAAAUUCAUAUAUUCCUCCCCUAGACCCGCUAAGAAGCUUUUUGAUGAUUCUGGAACCGGGUUUCGACUUUUGUGCAAUGAAUUGCAGGAUUUUCGUCACGUUAAGGACCCUUCAAACAAGGAUAAUCAAUUACAUCAUUAUUUUUGCCAGGUCUCCACUAUUGGGGCGCCAUUGACAGCUGGUUCUUCGCCGCCUGGUAAUUUGUUGACACAUCUCAUGAUCCCAUUUCUUUCGGGCUUAUUACCUGCUGUUGAGCUUCAAACAAAAAAGCGGACCAAUCAAUUAUUGGAUUGGGAUCGAUUGGCAGAGCUAUACAAAUUACAGGGAAUAAAACCGUAUAUCUUGUAUCCUACUGAGAAGGAAAUUCGGAAUUGCACACUGGGAUACAUGGCGAGUGGCUGGUUUCACUACCACCGCGCGAGAAACGAAUGUGCUAGAAAAGUUUACGAAAAGCUCAAAAGUAGCGGUUUCUUCUUCAAGCAGCGCCAAGAAAGACACACGUCUCGAAACACUACCCCUUCUCAUACGAAAUUUUAUGCUAAGUUUACUACAAAUUCUCAAAACUCUGAAAGCUUCAACUGUCCAGACUGGGUUUUAUUCACAACGGCGAAUUUGAGUCUUCAUGCAUGGGGGACAGCCACUCGAAAACCCAAAAAUUAUGAAGUUGGAGUUCUAAUGACAUCUUCUGAAAAUCGGCAACUUGUAAUCAAAAACCCGAUCCACUCACUAAAAGGCAAUGGGCUGGACGAAACUGCUUCCACGAAAAAGACCCUAAGCAUCCUGCUGCCGUAUAUUCUGCCACCCGAAAAGUUUGACGAUCAGGACGACUGUUUUUGUAUCUCUAAAUCAUACUCCCAGCCAGACGCCUUGGGUAAUAGGCAUGUGCCUAGCCAGUGA